CCAUUUGACAUUCCUUGAGUGUGUUAGUGAAGUGGGUAGCAUGGUAGCGAUCUAAGUAAUGUCCCGUGUGUGUGUGUGUGUGUGUAAGAGCAGGUGAAUGAGUUGGAGCUGGUGGUAGUGGGUUAAGUUGAGUUGGAGGUGAGGAAGGACAAUGGCUCUGAUGGUGGGUUUGCUCUCAGCUGCUGCUGCUGCUCCUGUCCGGUUUGGACUGAGGAGGACUUUACAGCGCUCUUCACUCACUGCUGCUGCUCUGGGAAAACUUUCUUCAGUCCGAAUAAAUGCCCACACUCACAAGAACCUGACCCUGAAUUACCUGAAGCCUCUGUGGGCUGGAAACAAUGCCUGGUCAACAUCUGUACUUUAUUCAGGGGACACGUCUAAAGAUGGACAACCGGGUGGACCAGAGAGUCAGUCGAGUGGAGGUGGAGGAUCAGGAGGAGGAAAGAAAGGAGGGAAGAGAGAUUGGAAAAGCCGUUUACAACAGGGUGAUAUUCCAUGGGAUGAUAAUGACUUCCGUUACAUGGUGGUCACAGUGGCAGGCGUUGCAUCCGUCCUGCUCUACUUGUACCUCCGGGAUCCAGGCACUGAGAUUACUUGGAAAGACUUUGUCCAUCGCUACCUGGCCCGAGGACUAGUGGAGGGAUUGGAGGUCAUUAACAAGCAGUUUGUCAAGGUCAACCUAGUCCCUGGUGCCCAUGGUUCAGAUGGAAGCUAUGUAUGGUUCAACAUUGGCAGUGUAGACACUUUUGAGCGAAAUCUAGAAGCCGCUCAUUAUGAGCUGGGGCUGGAACCGUCGAACAGGGUGGCAGUGGUGUACCGCUCAAAGAGUGACGGGUCUUUUAUUAAGAGCAUCAUUCCUACUUUGCUGCUGAUUGGUUUCCUGCUCUUCACCCUACGCCGAGCAUCAAUGGGUGGAGGUGGAGGUGGUGGAAAGGGGCGUGGCCUUUUCGGCAUGAGCGAAUCCCCCGCCAAGAUGAUGAAGGACAACAUAGAUGUGAAGUUUAAAGAUGUAGCCGGGUGCGAGGAGGCAAAAGUGGAGAUCCUAGAAUUCGUCAACUUUCUGAAGAACCCACAACAGUACCAGGACCUGGGUGCUAAGAUUCCUAAGGGGGCUGUGCUGUCAGGACCUCCAGGAACAGGCAAGACUCUGCUGGCCAAAGCCACUGCUGGAGAGGCUAAUGUCCCCUUUAUUACUGUCAAUGGCUCAGAAUUCCUUGAGAUGUUUGUGGGAGUCGGUCCAGCCAGGGUGAGGGACAUGUUUGCUAUGGCGAGGAAGAACGCUCCAUGCAUCCUUUUCAUAGAUGAGAUAGAUGCAGUUGGCAGGAAGAGAGGUGGAGGAAACUUUGGUGGUCAGAGUGAGCAGGAAAACACCCUCAACCAGCUGCUUGUGGAGAUGGACGGUUUUAACAGCAGUACGAAUGUUGUAGUAUUGGCCGGCACAAACAGACCCGAUAUCCUGGACCCCGCACUGAUGCGGCCGGGGAGAUUCGACAGGCAGAUUUACAUCGGACCUCCUGAUAUAAAAGGCAGAGCCUCUAUCUUUAAGGUUCACCUGAGGCCACUCAAACUGGACCCAGAUCUAGACCCAAAUGCCCUUGCUAGGAAAAUGGCUGCUUCCACACCUGGUUUCACAGGUGCUGAUAUUGCGAAUGUGUGUAACGAAGCUGCUCUAAUUGCUGCCAGACAUCUCAGCGGGGCCAUCAAUACCAAACACUUUGAACAGGCUAUUGACCGAGUGAUCGGAGGUCUUGAGAAAAAGACACAAGUCUUGCAGCCCACUGAGAAGAAGACAGUGGCUUAUCACGAAGCUGGGCACGCGGUAGUCGGCUGGUUCCUCGAGCACGCUGACCCACUACUCAAGGUUUCCAUUAUUCCACGUGGGAAAGGUCUGGGCUAUGCGCAGUACCUGCCUAAAGAGCAGUACCUGUACACACGGGAGCAGCUGUUUGACAGGAUGUGCAUGAUGCUGGGUGGUCGUGUGGCUGAGCAGGUUUUCUUUGACAGGAUUACCACUGGUGCUCAGGAUGACCUGAGGAAAGUCACACAGUCAGCCUACGCUCAGAUCGUGCAGUUUGGGAUGAGUGAAAAGGUGGGCCAGGUGUCGUUUGAUCUACCACGGCAGGGCGACAUGGUGCUAGAGAAGCCCUACAGCGAGGCCACGGCCGAGCUCAUCGAUCAGGAGGUCAGAGAACUGGUGGACACCUCCUACCAGAGAACCCUGAAGCUCAUCAAAGAGAAACGUGAACUGGUUGAAAAGGUGGGAAAGCGUCUCCUGGCGAAAGAAGUCCUGGACAAAGCUGACAUGGUGGAGCUGCUCGGUCCCAGGCCUUUUGAGGAGAAAUCCACUUAUGAGGAGUUUGUGGAUGGCACAGGCAGCUUCGAGGAGGACACGAGCCUACCUGAGGGGCUUAAGGACUGGAACACGGAAAAGGAGAAGAACCAGGAUGAGGUGGAAACCUCCCAAAAGAAACGCGCAGCCUGAACCAGACUUGAGAUUCUCCUCUCCUGUCAGGCUACUCCCAUAUCAGACCCUCACACUGAGGUGGCAUUUCUGUUGACUUUGUGUAGUGACAUGGCUGCAUUACACGUUUGUGAAAUGUUCAUAAGGGGCUUAUAAUAAGAUUUGAAAUGCCUUCAUCAUCAGCAGUGGAGGCCGGAAUGAAGUCCUAGGAAAUGUAGAAAAUCUUGGACUGAAGUCUGUACACCAUUUCAUUUUCAUGGGUACAUGACCUCAGACAGUGUUGUUUCAUUUCAGUUUUAGGAGCUAGGUGAUGGACUGAUUUGUUUUCUUUGUGAAUUUUUUUAAAUCGUCUUUACGAAGCAGACAAGAAGAGUUGAUGAUGUAUAUUUGUAUCAUUUGCAGACUGGUCUAAAAACAAAAACUAGUUUGAAUAAACCUGUAUAUUAUACUUAUUUAAUUAAACCGAUUUGUUCCACCACAA